AUAGCACAUGGAUUACAAAACCAAAACAUGUCGCGAUUAUUGCGACUCAAUUGUCAAUUAUAUAAUAUUUAUGCAGGUCGUUGUUGCUACUACAGUCGUGUAAAUAAUAUUUCUAUUUAUUCAAAGGAUGCCCUUUGUGAAAGGUUUCAUAUUAUGCCCGUGCAAUGUCACCAAACAUGUCAGAUUUCAACAAAUUGUAAUCUCUUUUCCAAUUCUCUUCAUGUUAAACAAGCACUGAUGAUGCAAACAAAGAAAACGAAAGUUCGAAAGAGAAAGAAAGGAUCUACGAUUGCAAGAAAAAUUCACCGUGAUUUAACUGCAGUUCUAGGAGCACGAGUGUCAUUUUUAGCCAAAGAACAGCAAACUGUUAACAAGUCAUCUCAAUCUAGUCCAGCGUUAAAUAAAGAGGCUGAAGAAACAAACAUCAACCACCCAGUUUCGCAAAUUGACAAUAAUUUUCCAUUUCUUAUUGAUAACCCAAAUCUUUCAAAAAAAAUAAAUUACACAUCACCUGCCUCGAAAGUGCAACUGUUUCCAAAAACAGAUGACAUUAUACGAAUAGAUGCUGUGAACUUUGGAACUUUAGUCAACACAAAAACAACAGAUACAGGGCCAUAUUUCUCCAGUUCAAAUUGUGGAACGAUCGAUAGUGUAAACGUUGCAUCCCAGAAUGCAAAUUGGUUAACACAGUUAUCUGCAUUUAAAUUACAGAUGAAUUCAUGUGGCCGUGGCAAAAACAGAAAUAACUUAGAACGUACAAUCGAAAAUGAAAAAUUACAAGAAAACUUUACCAAAGAUGAAAACUAUUCUGAAACCACAGAGAAGAGAGUUUUCAGUGAUAGUGUUGAUAAAUGUAAACAAAUUGAUGUGCCUUCCACAGAAACUGUGAUACUUAACGAAAUUAACAAUGAACCGAAGCAUAUGUCAACGAAUUCUUAUCUUUUGACAGAGGAGUUAAACGAAGAAUUUUUAUCUCUACCUUUUAAGGAAGAGAUGUCAUUGCCGGGGGAGGUUAUGUUGUCAUCGGAGGAGGUUAUGAUGUCAUCGGAGGAGGGUAUGACAUCAUCGGAGGAGGUUGUGAUGUCAUCGGAGGCGGUUAUGAUGUCAUCAGAGGAGGCUAUGACAUCAUCGCCAUGCAAUCCAGAAUAUCUGUCUGAGGAAAGUUCAAUUAUUUUAUCUCCGCAAUUUACACAUGGGACAUCGUCGUCUUUGGAAUCAGAUGUUGUUGUUCCAGCGGAAGAAAUUAAUGGAAUAACUUCAGUAGAUAAAGGCAAAGACAGUAUAAAAAAAAAACUUGUUAACAAGGAAAAAUUGAUAUCAAAUUUUAAUGUGGAUAAAAAAUCCUUUGUUGAAGCUUGUUGUUCUGUGGGUAAGCAUCGGAUAGCUCAUAACUGUAUAAAGUAUUACAACUGUUAUCCGUACAAGUUGUAUGGUAUUGAUGUAAAAAUAACAGAUAUAAAUAUCUAUAAUAUUCUCAUUCACAGCUGGGCUAAACAGAUGAAGACAGAGCCUAUUGAAGAAUUAAUGAUGUUUAUACGUAAAGAUAAUCUAGUCCCAAAUUACAAGACAUAUGCCGGCUAUUUGGAGUGUCUUGGUCGUCCAGAAGUAAUAGAUGAAACGGCAUGUCGAAAAAUUCUGGAUGAAAUGGUAAUUGAGAAAUUAGAUGUGAAAGAUUUGUUUAAUGAAUGUACGUUUAAGAGAGAUGAAAGACAGUGCAUCUUGAAGGCAAUACAGUCAGCUGAUCCUUAUUAUAUACCUAACAGUCCUCCAGAACCCAAAUUAUACGAAGGGGAAUUAUUGUCACCUUUAAAUGAUAAACUACCACCAGAUCAGGUUAUAGAGAGUAAUCCAUUCACUGGUGUUUUAUCGACAGAGGAGAUAAAGAAAAGGGCCAAAUUACAGUUGAACUGGGAGUUAAAGGGCUCUAUUACAGUUUCAUCAAUAUAUAAAAAACCUAAACCAACAGAUCAUACUCUAGAUAUGAGAGAGAAAUUGUGCGAGCUUCGAGAAGAGUGGAGAAAAUCAUUGAUCAAGGCAUUUAAAAACAAACUGAAAUAUUAUCAAAGAAAAAGUGAAAGAAGCCGUUCGUAUAAUAUCUACCCGUUUUUAAAGAUGAUGACACCAUAUGAAUAUGCUGAAUUGGCAUUACAGGAAAUUAAGCAUAUGUUAAACUAUUCUGAGACCUACAGUCCAAGACUAUCUUACUUAAGAAAAGCACUGGGUAACAAAGUAUGGCAGCAUUGUCUUGUGAAAGAAAAAAUACGCUCAGAAGAAAUUAAAAAAAUGGAGAAGUUGUACGAAUUAUAUGCUGAAGAAUAUAAUAAGGAUGAUUUUCCUCACUUAAAUCACAGACAAUGUUGGCAUCAAAUAUUAAAUGAUAAUUCUGAUGGACCGAGCUUGGUUGUCGAGGAGAGAGUUUGGCCAGUACAUGUGAAAAGAACCAUUGGCCGACUACUAUAUGAUUUGAUUUUACAAGAAGUUCGAAUGGAUUCCAGUAUUUUUAACCAAAAAGACGAAAGGAAAUUAUAUCCAGCAUUUUUUUCGAUUUAUCGAACUUCCAACUAUAAAACAUUUGAAGAAAUAAAGCCUCAUCCUGAUGUUAUCAAGUUACAUAAAGAAGCUCAACUGGAUGAUCUUGACUUCAACAUGUCCGAUAUGCCAAUGCUUGUACCUCCAGUCCCUUGGUUAUCAUUAAAUCAUGGGGGAACAUUACUAUCAACUACUAAAUUGAUUCGUUUACCAGAGCUGGCCUUCAACCAGAUGGAUCGACUUCAACAACUGGGAACCAAUCAAAUUAACGCUGUUUUAGACUCGUUAAAUACGUUAUCAGCUUGUGCCUGGAUAAUCAACAAAACAGUGUUGGAUCUUGUAAUUGAUUUGUUUAACACAAAAGGCAACGUUGAUUUAGACAUUCCUCCACCCGUCACCGAAUUCCCAGCCUUAACAAAAUAUCCUCGUGAUUUCAAAAGUUUAUCACCCGGUCAAAAAGCCAAACUACAUCGAGAGCGAAAUCAAAUCAAACAGAAGCGUAGCGAGAUGUUUAGUCUAUGGUGUACAGAACUCUACAGAUUAUCUAUAGCCAAUAGGUUCCGCGAUGAAAUAUUCUGGUUUCCUCACAACCUGGAUUUUCGUGGUAGAACUUAUCCAACGCCCCCUCAUUUUAACCAUUUAGGUUCCGAUCUAGCUAGAAGUUUGUUGAUAUUUGCUAAAGGUAAACCAUUGGGAGAAAGAGGUUUAGAUUGGUUGAAGAUACAUCUGGUUAAUUUAACUGGUUUUAAAAAAAGAUGUUCGAAUGACGAACGUCUAGCAUUUGCUAAUGAAAUGUUAGAUGAAAUACAGGACUCUGCUGAUAAUCCAUUCACGGGUGACUGUUGGUGGCAGACAUCAGAUGAACCAUGGCAGACAUUAGCUUGUUGUAUAGAAAUAACUAAUGCUAUUAGAUCACCAGAUAUUACCAAAUAUAUCUCUCAUUUUCCUGUGCAUCAGGAUGGGUCGUGUAAUGGUUUACAGCACUAUGCAGCACUGGGGCGUGAUCAGUCCGGGGCAGAAUCAGUUAAUCUUUCUCCCUUCUCAAAACCACAAGAUGUUUAUAGUGACGUAGCAGAAAUGGUGGAGCGACAGAGAAGUAAAGAUGCAGCAGAAGGGAAUAUGACGGCCAUUGUACUUGAAGGUUUUGUAAGGAGAAAGGUAAUAAAACAAACAGUAAUGACCACAGUUUAUGGUGUUACCAAAUAUGGAGCUCGACUUCAAAUUAUCCGUCAGUUGAAAGAUAUUCCAGACAUGCCCCAGGAAUAUACAUCUCAGGCCGCAAGUUAUUUAACGGAGAAAACGUUCCUUUGUUUACAAGAAAUGUUUACAGCAACCAAAGGAAUACAGGAAUGGCUGCGCACCAGUGCUAGGGCUCUGGCUAUAGAAUCAAAGCAACCUGUUGAAUGGGUUACUCCCCUUGGUUUACCUAUAGUUCAACCAUAUCAUAAAAAAUCUAUCCAGCAACAACAUGGUGUUCAACUUUUAGAUGAUACCAAUAAACAUGAGAAACCAAAUAUUCAGAAACAAAUGAACGCAUUUCCUCCAAAUUUUAUUCAUUCCCUUGAUUCAACCCAUAUGAUGUUGACAUCUUUAUAUUGUUUAAGAAAGGGUAUAACAUACGUAUCAGUACAUGAUUGUUAUUGGACGCAUGCCACUGAUGUACCUGUUAUGAAUAAGAUAUGCCGAGAACAGUUUGUAAAUUUACAUAAUCAACCGAUAUUAGAAGAUCUAUCCAACUAUUUAAUCAAGACAUUUCUUAUAGAUAGAAGCAUCAAUUGUCCAGACACAAUGAAUAGAUUAAAGGAAGUUUUAAUGAAUGUACCUGAAAGAGGUAACUUUGAUCUGUCGAAUGUUCUUGAUUCAACAUAUUUCUUCAGUUAGUCAACAAAAAAUAGAAACCACCCUUGACAGGGCGACAAGAAAUAAGAUAGAAUCCACCCUUGUCAACCCGACAGGAAAUAAACAGAAUCCACCCUUGCCAACCUGACAAGAAAUGGAAACCACCUUUGCCAGCGCGACAAGAAAUAAAUAUAAACCACGCUUACCUGCGGGGCAAGAAAUUAAUAGAAACCACCCCUGCCAACGCGACAAGAAAUAGAAACCACCUUUGCCAGCGCGACAAGAAAUAAAUAUAUACCACGCUUGCCAGCGCGACAAGAAAUUAAUAGAAACCACCCCUGCCAACGCGACAAGAAAUAGAAAACAAUUUUGCCAGCGCGACAAGAAAUUAAUAGAAACCACCCCUGCCAACGCGACAAGAAGUAGAAACCACCUUUGCCAGCUCGACAAGAAAUAAAUAGAAACCACCCCUGCCAACGCGACAAGAAAUAGUAAGGCGACAAGACAUGAUGUAGAUAAAUAUUUUAUUUGUAAAAAGUUUGACUGUUAUAAGGAAUGUUUUAUACAAAGUGUGAUUAAUUAAACUAUUUUACUAUA